CAUAUGAUGUAAAUGUAUGUAUACCUGGCAUAGUCUCGGGUUGACUUGUAUUGGAUAGAGGAGGGAUUCUCAAAAAUACAAAGAGAGGAAAUGCACAACAAGAACUGAAGGUGACAAAUCCUGGCGCUGUGCAAAGCUGGACGUGCUCACGAAAUCUGCACCUACAACGCUGUGUCCGAGCUCCGACCUGGAAACCAACGGCAUCGUUGAGAUCCCGAAGAGCGAUGCUUAGCUCAGGCAGCCGGAUUGCUUCCAGGUUUCAAAUGACGCGACGCACGACCAUCCUGCCGCUCCGCUUUGUGCUGCUCGCGCAAGCCGCCGUGCUGCUGCUGUUCUGCAGCAUCCGGUGCGCGGCGUUGAACGACGAGGAGCGCGCAAACAUCGUCCAGCUGCACAACCAGAUACGAAAUUCGGUGGCCAUGGGCAAGGAGAAGAAAUGGCCGGCCGCGUCUGACAUGCUGCAGAUGAGCUACAGUCUACAUUUGGAGGAGCUCGCCAAGACCCACUUAUCGAACUGCGUGUUUGAGCCUGGCUGUAUAGGCUGCCACAUCGGUCUCGACAACCGGCCGGGACAGAACUUGUACGCCAUGGCUGGUCCUGCCAAUUGGAGCCGCGCGGUGAACUUCUGGGGCGAGGCACCCAUCGACUUCGUGCCGCCCAGCGAGCCGGGACAUCCCGUGCGCAUGAGGGUCUCGGUGCUCAGCCAGCUUCUGUGGAGCAAAUCAAACAAGGUCGGAUGUGCCUGGAAGGACUGCACCUCUAAGACCGGCAACAACAUGUACCUCUGCAAUUACAUGCCAGCGGGUAACGAGAUGGGGGGCCACGUGUACAUGAGCGGGAAGCCAUGCAGCCGCUGUCCCAAGGACACCUGUUGCUCGCACCUCUGCCCGCACAAGACCCAACCUGCCUACGAGGGCUUAUGCGCUCCCAAGUAGGACGAUGGCGAAGCUGGUGCAUGCGGCCUUUGGUUUGAGGAAUUCAAACUGGAUAAUAAAACACCUUUUCUGUGAUGAGA